UUCAGCCAUAGACUACCUAACUUCAACAAGAGCCACUCUACCAAAGGCUUCAAAGCAAUGAAGCCACCUCCCUCUUCUUCGUCUUCAAUUCUCCGAAAGACUCAUCUUUCUCCUUUUCUAUUCACUUUAUUAGCUUUCAUCGUCUUCGUCACCAUUCUUUAUAGUGAAGAUUUCAGCUGCAUUUUUAGCCAGCUUGAGUAUUCUAGUCUAUAUGGUCCUCCCAAUUCCAUCUCAAGAAUCAAGAAGAGCAAGAAGUUGCCAUUUGCCAUUGGAGAGACAGAGGAAGGCUGCGACAUUUUCAGUGGGAUGUGGGUUCGAGAUUACAGCAGGCCACUGUACGAGGAAGCUGAAUGUCCUUACAUACAGCCACAAUUGACUUGCCAAGAACAUGGCCGGCCAGAUAAAGAUUAUCAGCAUUGGAGAUGGCAACCUUAUGGCUGCUCUCUUCCGAGUUUCAACGCGACACUAAUGCUGGAAACCCUUCGUGGGAAGAGGAUGUUAUAUGUAGGAGAUUCGUUAAACAGAGGACAAUAUAUUUCCAUGGUUUGUCUUCUCCAUAGACUUAUUCCUGAGAAUGCCAAGUCCAUGGAAACUUUUGGUUCCCUCAGUGUUUUCACUGCUAAGGAUUAUAACGCGACGAUUGAGUUCUAUUGGGCACCAUUUCUGCUGGAAUCAAAUGCUGAUGAUGCAGUGGUACAUAGAAUAUCAGAUAGAGUUGUCCGAAAAGGCUCAAUCAAUAAGCACGGAAAGAAUUGGAAAGGGGCUGAUAUAGUCGUUUUCAAUACUUAUCUUUGGUGGAUGACCGGCCAAGAAUUCAAGAUUUUGCAAGGAUCAUUUGAGGAUGAGGAGAAAGAUAUAGCAAUAGUAUCGACAGAGGAUGCAUAUCGAAUGGGAAUGAAGAGUAUGCUGAGAUGGGUAAAAAAAAAUAUGGAUCCCAAGAAAACCAGAGUCUUUUUCACUAGCAUGUCACCUUCCCAUCAAAAGAGCAUAGAUUGGGGAGGAGAACCAAAUAAGAAUUGUUACAAUGAAACAAAAAUGAUAGAGGAUCCAAAUUACUGGGGAUCAGAUAGCAGAAAAAGCAUAAUGAAAGUAAUUGGAGAAGUGUUUCGUAAAACAAAAGUGCCCAUUACAUUUCUCAACAUCACACAACUCUCAAAUUACAGAAAAGAUGCGCACACAUCAAUUUACAAGAAGCAAUGGAAUCCACUAACAGCAGAGCAAUUGGCAAAUCCAGUUAGCUAUGCUGAUUGUGUACAUUGGUGCUUGCCUGGUCUUCAAGAUACUUGGAAUGAGCUUUUAUUUGCAAAACUUUUUUAUCCUUGAUAUUUUAAGAACAUGAACCAAAGCCAAUUUUUAUAAGUACAUAAAUUUUUAAAAAUGGAUGAGAUCAAUUUGGUUACCUAGUAUUUUCUUUGUUCUUUGGGAUGACAUUUGCGUCGGUAAAAACACAAAAAAAUUGUGUAUAAAUGUAAUUCCUGUCAAGUUUGCGAAAAACAAAAAUUCGUGAAAGAUUGUGAAAAAGAAUUCUUGCAAAGAGAAAUAUUUAGCAUUA